CCGGGCGGCGGCGGGGCCAGACAGCUCGGCGGACGAGGGCAGCAGCGGGAGCUCAGGUGCUGAGGCCGCUGGUGGGCUUGCGGCCGCUGCCGACGUUCCAGUCAAGGUUGAGGCCGCCUCCUCCCUCCCGCCUCGCCCUCCCCUCAUGGACGACGUGCGCUUCUACUUCACCUACUACGACAAGCACCUGAGCGCCCCCUUUGACGCGAAGGACUUUGACCGCCUCCACAAGUUCUACCUGCGCCCUCGCCACAAGAUGGACCGCCGCGGCGGCAAGAAGACCAUCCCGUGCCGCAUGUGCCGCAACCGCCAUGGCUCGCUGUGGCGCAUCCUCGAGGACCUCCGCAAGCGAGCGCGGCGGGACCUCGGCGACGAGAAGCUGGCCAGGCCGGCGCUGUACGUCUACCUCCUCGCCUACGAGGAGUACCUCAAGGAGAGCGCCCUCCGCCACCACCCCGCCUUUUGGGUCUCUGCGAACGAGGACCUGACGGGCGACGCCGAGGAGACGAUCGAGAUUGCCGACUCGGAGGAUGAGGCGGCCGUCCCUAGCGACGCGGUCGAGUUGGGCGGUUCGGGAAGCGACGACGACGACGCGGACCCGCCAGCGCCUCCGGCGGUGCGCGUCAAGACGGAGCAGUAGACCGAUAGCCACGCGCCGGUGUUGUAUCUUAGUUAGUGACCUAAGGCACACAGACACCCACUACCCACGCCGCGUGCAUGAAUACGUGUGUAUGUACUUUUGAUUUCGGGCCCGGGGUUGUGCGUUU